GACCAAUUCACCACUUUUUCGGAUAACAAGAAUGAAUUAAAACAAUGGACAAAACUCUCGACUCUCUUCCCUAAUAGUGAAUACCCUUUGGAUGCCAUCGAUUGUGACCGUACUUACAGUGAAUGCUAUUUAUAUAAAGGCGAUAAAAGGAAAUUGUAUUCAAAGGAUUUGAACAAUAAGUUUGUGUUUAAAGACGAAACACUACUCAAUAGUGUCGGACUUCCGGACAAUUUGGACGCGGGUUUUACCGAUGAAAACGGGGAUCAGAUUUAUGUCAAAAACAAUUAUCUCUUUUGGAAAGAAUACGGAAUUUUUAGGCAACAAAUAAUUCAACACUUCAUUCAAUGCCCCGAAAAUUACUACAAAAAUUUAGCGGUUAUUGAAUUGAAUUCGCGGCAAAAGUUUAGUGAAGACAUCAAAAAAUAUGAUGUCAUUAAUUUCAAAGAGCUUACUAUACCGGCGCCGACUACACCCAUACCCACGACUCCUGUGACCACUGAAUCUCCCGAUACAACACAAUUCACAUUCCCGUCACAAACCUCUCCCACGCCUACGAAAGACAUAUACACUAAUUAUAUUAUAAUUGGUUGUAAAGCACUAAUCCGGAAGAAGAGAAAGCGU